ACGUUUCGCCUAUCCUUUUCCACAAGUCUCAAUAUUCUGGUCUGCUUGUCCAGUUCUUUUGUGUUUGUCUGUCUCGGGGCAUCGCAUUUGGCUGUCAAGCCGGCGCCGCCCUCCCGCUCUCUCGUUUUUCUUGGUCGCAAAACAGCAAUUUAAAGUCCGAGAAUUCACACGUUUAUGUAGACCAGUUGAGGGCACGUGUCUGUUGUGAACGUAGAUACCGAGCUAUAUCCUUGUUUCGAUCAUAUGUCAAUCGAAAAAAUUCGGUCUUCGCUCGUGUAGUGUUGGUGAGGAGAAAAUGAGUCGAGCAUACGCGGACUUGGUUGUUUCGCGGAAGGCGAAGGCCCCGCCUUUCUCGGUGGAUAACAACGAUGGGCGGCCAAAACGUCCAAAUCGGGUUUGGUUCGACAGAGACAGGGCAAAAGCGUGCAACGAUAUGAGACGAGAAUAUCCUCUCCACUACUACAUUUCGUCCUACGACGUCUACGCGUUUCUUGCCACCCUUAGGCAGGGUGCAGAUCCUGCGAAAAGAGAUGCUGCUGGACGCACCCCUCUCGACCUUGCUGUGCAGAUGGCAGUGGAGCUAAUUGAGACGUCGCUCUGCACGUCUUUCCCUAUCGACAAUAUCGACGUUACUCCGGCGGCAACUUUGAAGCCAGCGAAAGACUCUCCGCCAGAAAGUCGUCCGGAGACUUUCACCAAUCCCUUUCGGGUAAAGUACCGCGACGCGAACGCCAGCAUGUAUGUUCAGCACGAUAUCAUGCGGUAUCGCUGCGCAGACUCGGAUGUCUACAAAUCCUGUCGGGAGCCGCCAUUCCCUCUUCCCUCAGAUGGUCACGAUGGUGCAGAACGGACUUACCAGGUGGCCACCUUUCCACCACAAGAGUUUCGCAUAAAAAACGGCGACUCUGAAGAUUUCUUCAGGGACCAACAGCGCGCGCGACGAACACAAUCUCCAUCGUUUCCUCUUCCUCGGGGGGACGUCAGUCGCUACUACGCAGCUGCUCACAAUUUGCGCCCGCAACAGUUCGCUUACGCCUAUGAUGCUAACGGCAAGCCGAUGUCGUGGUCUCGCCUUCAGCGCGAGCAAGUUCAGUUGGAGCAGGAACACCUACAGGGAGAGUUUUUGGUGGCUGUGGAGCAGUUUCUCGAGCGUCCGCCGUCGAAGGCCGCGAUGUCUCAGAUGCGCGAGCUGAUACGGCGGCUCAACCUCAUGAUGGUUAUCAUCAAGAAGUAUGAACUCUGUCUGCCGCUGAAGCGUGAAGCAGCAGAAAAGGCGAAGGCUUACAUCGGUACGGCGCUCACGUACCCGUACCUCUACACGGCGUCCAUGUACGAGGCGUUCAAGCGCUACCCCAGAACGCCUGCGGGGCAGGCAUGGGACGCUCUUAACCCUGCAGACAGCCGCCGGCUGGUGUUGAUUAUCUUGUCGCUGAAGAUGCACGGCCAUGAACUAUUCUCGUUUAUGGGCACCGUUUGCCGGCUGUUCAACUCACUUAUGGAGCAGCUCGGUCUCUGCGAUGACCGCUGUGGCACUGGUGGACAUUGGUGUAAGCUGGGCAGUGAGUGCAGUCAGUUCUACCUUCACAUGGCCUUUUCACUGGACGAUGCUCAGCUCUUUCAAAAGUUCAUCACGCAGCAGCAACUCUUCGACAAACAGGACAUCUUCAAGUGGGAGGAUCUCCUCUAUACCCUCAUGCAGCAUCGCGAAAGGUUUAGGCCGUACUUCGCGGCUCUCUUGGCGAGGCGCCUCAAGGCGCGUGUGCAGAAGAGAUUGAUGAACUCGGCAGAUCAGCAAGCCUACCUGCCAGAAACCGUCAAGUAUCCCUGCGAGGAACGUUACUUCACCCGUCAGCUACUCGGUGAAUAUUCUGAAAUUUUUGGAGAGUCGGAAGCAGAAGAAUUCAACAGUAUGCUGCGUCACUGGCGAUACGGCGCAGCCCGGCAGGCACCUGGCACGGGCUCUGAGGAAGACAACAUUCUCCCGGCUCCGCUGCCUCCUGUUUCUGAGUCUCCGGCGGCAGAUUUCUGGUCUCUUCGAGACUGAAAGAAAAGGCACUUUGAAAGGUGGCGCUGUCCAUGGUCCUUGUCACCUUUUUCUGGUGCCAUUUCAAUAAAUCAAGACACGCAGUAAAUGCGACAUUGAGUACAAAACAGGUGAAGAGAGAGUUCAUGGCGUCUGCAUCUCUGCCCAGUCAUUCGCGUCUCACUAGUUUUUUCUCCUCUCUCCGUAGAGGGUUGACAUGCCGACGAAAACAGUUUGAUUUCGUGACGGUUUCAGACGACAGUGGGGUCCCAUGAGCCCUGGAAUACGGUCCCGUGUUAGGCUGAGACGGCGACGUCGGUUACAAC